GAAACAUCUGAUUAGCGACGGACAUGAGUAAAGCUUCUCCAAUGAUAGCAAAAAUCCUAUAUAAAGGCAAGUCAGACUAAAAACUACCAACUACAUAACUACCAAAUGUUAAUUUAUGAUAUCUUCUGUGCAGAUAAGAUUCAUAAUAAGGUGCUUCUAACUAUGCCAUUAAUUAGCCAAAACCCUAUAAUUGGCGUCACCAUCCACCAUUUUUCAGAGAAAACAUCUCCAACAUGGUCAACCAAUUGAAUUGAAUUAAGUGAUGGGAAACACAAUUACGAUUCAUUUAUUUUAAUUGGUGGACAAAGUCGUAAAGUCAAUUAUCUUGAAACAUAUUUCAACCACAUUUGAGCACUAAACCCUUUGGAAGUGACAUCACGGUAAUAGACUUAUCACUCCUAUCCUAUUCUCCACGACAGUGUCACAGCAUUAGCGCAUAAUCACCACCAUCCCUCUGUGCUGUCUGUGGAAGACCUAAAAGAAGGAAAGAAAUUGUGAAAGCACAAGCCACAAUGCCUUCCUUCCAUGAAUAAACAUUUGUACGUGCUUCCUGGAAGAUGGAACUUUGGAUUAAGUUGGUGGCAUGGCAGCAGAGAGGCCCAUCCCAUCAAGCAAGUCUAUGCCAAGCUUGGACCCAAACCAAAACUCGGGUUUUAGCCCUGGGACAAGCAAAGGGAUCCGAUUGACCCAAAAGAAAAGGCCCAUAUUGAAACGCUCAACCCAGCACAACGCAAACAAAAAGGCACAAGCAAGGCCAGUGGCGGGAAAGUCGAUGGGCACGUAUGCAUUUUGAUCUUUCACCUAUGGUGACCUGAGAACUUCACUUUCUGCCCCAAAUCCAAGUCAAAAUUUAACCAAAACCGACGCCGCUCGUCAUGAAACUCGCAAGACCCAUUAGGCGCCACUUCAGCACCUACACAGCCAGCCAAAAAUCAGAGCGUGUGGCCAACAACAGACCAAUCUCCUUGACUCAAAUCAAAGAGCUUCACGCACACCUUAUCAGAACCCAGCUCGACAAGGACCCGUCUUCGGUCUCAGAGGUUGUUAGAUAUUACGCACUAUCUCCUCUGUUUUUGGAGAAAGCCCUUUUAGUCUUCAAUCAAAUUGAGCAACCCACAUUGUUGAUUUGGAACCAUAUGAUCCGUGGACUAUCACAGAGUGGCCAAUUCAGUGAAGCAAUUCACGUGUAUAAUCGUAUGUACCGCCAAGGAUUGGCUGGGAAUCAUUUGACCUUUAUAUUCAUUUUCAAGGCUUGUGCUCGAGCUCCUGAUAUUGUACAUGGCCAAACGGUCCAUACCCAUGCACUGAAACUUGGCUUUGAACCGUAUCUUUUUGUUUCGAAUGCCUUAAUUCACAUGUAUUCAUCUUGUGGUUAUUUGGGUUUUGCUCAGAAAAUGUUUGAUGGAAUGCGGGAAAGAGAUUUGGUCUCUUGGAAUUCUUUGAUAUGUGGAUAUAGUCAGUGCAACAGGUUUGAGAAUGUUUUGGGUCUUUUUAAGGCAAUGCAGGCAGCGAAUGUGAGGGCUGAUGCGGUCACAAUGAUGAAAGUUAUUUUGGCGUGUAAUUACUUGGGUGAAUGGGAAAUUGCAGACUCUAUGGUUAACUAUGUUGAAGAAAAUCAUGUUGACAUUGAUGUUUACUUGGGAAACACUAUGAUAGAUAUGUAUGGACGUCGUGGUUUGGCGAAUUUGGCUCGGGAAGUAUUUGAUCGGAUGCAUGAAAGAAACAUAGUUUCAUGGAAUUCCAUGAUCAAGGGAUAUGCAAAAGCGGGAAACUUUGUCAAUGCAAGAAAGCUUUUCAAUGAGAUGCCGAAGAGAAAUGUGGUCUCUUGGACUUCCAUGAUCACUGGUUACUCUCAAGCUAACCAACAUGCUGAGGCGGUGAGCCUUUUUGAAGAAAUGAUGGGAGCUAAUGUGAGAGCAGAUGAAAUAACGGUGGCUAGUGUGCUUUCUGCUUGUGCGCAUGUGGGUUCGCUUGAUGUGGGAGAGGCUGUCCACCGCUACACAAGGAAGAAUGGUGUGAAAGCAGAUAUCUAUGUGGGAAAUGCUUUGAUAGAUAUGUAUUGCAAAUGUGGGGUGGCUGAGAAGGCAUUGGAGGUGUUUCAGUGGAUGGAAGAGAAAGACUCUGUGUCAUGGACUUCGGUAAUUUCAGGCCUUGCUGUGAAUGGUUUUGCAGAUUCUGCACUUGAAAUCUUCUCGCGGAUGUUGAGAGAAGGUAUUCGACCAACUCAUGGAAUGUUCGUCGGGAUUUUAUUAGCUUGCGCUCAUGCUGGAUUGGUAGAAAAAGGAUUGGAAUAUUUUGAAAGCAUGGAAAAGAUUCAUGGACUAAUGCCAGAAAUGAAACACUAUGGAUGUGUUGUGGAUCUGUUGAGCCGCUCUGGAGAGGUAGACAAGGCCUAUGAGUUCAUACAAAAUAUGCCUAUUGUUCCCGACGUUGUAGUGUGGAGGAUAUUGCUGAGUGCUUGUAAGGUUCAUGGAAAUGUGGCCCUAGCUGAAGUUGUCACAAACAAGCUUCUUGAAUUGGAUCCUUCUAACAGUGGGAAUUAUGUUCUCUCAUCGAAUACUUAUGCAGCUUCAGAUAGAUGGGAAGAUGUUAUAAGAAUGAGAGAACUGAUGGAUGAGAGCAAUGUGCAGAAGCCAUUUGGCCGUAGUUCCAUUGAAAUAAAUGGCAAAUUGUCAAAUAACUCUCAGGAGCCAGGACUCACUUGUAAGAAGAAUCGAUGAAUAUAUCUCAAAUUGAUCUUAGCAGACCAAUUCUUUUACUGCAUGGGCUUACAAAAUUGAACGGAUAUGAACAGUAAGAAUUGCUUAUCUGACCCAGCUGGUCCUGGAACAGAGAGGACAAGUUGUGAUGCAUUGGAAGCUAUCAUCAUCUCAGAUGAAAAAUGGGCUGCUUCUAGAAUUGGGGUAAACUUUAAAACCUUCUGAUGAGAUAUAAGCUUUGCUGAUGUACAGAUCACCAUUAUAUACCGCUGUAACCUAGUAAAAUACACUGAAAAGAUUCACGACAAGAGGAGAUUCGAAUUUGGGAUAUUUUUAAUUCUGAAAAAAGGAAAAAGCAUCACGAAAGAAGAGUUAGUCGAUUGUACACAAAAUAAUAUUUGUUCAUAAUUCUCUCAAUUUGAGAGGCAUUAAAAAAUAAUACAAUUAUCUUAAAUUGUCAUUAUAUGUCUCUGUUUAGCAAUUGAAAAGUAUGUAAAGCUUACGGUAAGAAUAGCAUAUUCCACUACCUGAAUGAAUCUCAUCAUUGUCAUUUGAG